UUAUGUCCUUGACAGGAUGAUUAUAUGGAAGCUCUAGCAAGACUUCACUUGACAGUAUCCAGAGCAUACAAGGUCAAUCCUGAAAUCAAUUUUGAAGUAUUCAUUCACAAAGUAGAUGGCUUGUCAGAUGAUCACAAGAUAGAAACCCAAAGAGACAUUCACCAGCGAGCCAAUGAUGACCUUGCUGAUGCUGGUUUAGAGAAACUGCACCUGAGCUUUUACUUGACCAGCAUCUAUGAUCAUUCAAUAUUUGAAGCAUUUAGUAAAGUUGUACAGAAGCUUAUCCCACAGCUGCCAACACUGGAAAAUCUACUUAACAUCUUUAUAUCGAAUUCUGGGAUUGAGAAAGCCUUUCUUUUUGAUGUAGUCAGUAAAAUUUAUAUUGCCACGGACAGUUCGCCCGUAGACAUGCAGUCAUAUGAACUGUGCUGUGAUAUGAUAGAUGUGGUGAUUGAUGUCUCCUGCAUUUAUGGACUUAAAGAAGAUGGCACUGGAAGUGCAUAUGAUAAAGAGUCUAUGGCAAUUAUCAAACUCAACAACACAACAGUCCUGUACCUGAAGGAAGUGACUAGGUUUCUUGCUCUUGUAUGCAUUCUAAGGGAAGAAAGUUUUGAGAGAAAAGGGUUGAUAGACUACAAUUUCCAUUGUUUUCGGAAAGCCAUCCAUGAGGUAUUUGAGGUUGGAGUGAGUGCUCACAGACCAAGCAGCCACCAAGUGAAUAUGCAGAACAUGAAGACACUGACUCACAAUGGCACACCGAGAGCUGCUGUGUAGCCCAGCCAUAGGAUGACUGUGCCAAUUUCCCACGAUCCAGGUCUGCUGACAGCACAGCAGACGAAACAAAACGCAAGCAGAGCACAACAGGACUUGCAUUAAAGAUUAGAGCGGUGCCCUUUCUCUUGAUGAGAAGAACAUUGUGUCCUGAACUUUUGUGGAUUAACGCUAAGCGAUUCUGUAAGCUGUAUCUGUACACUGGGAGGUCUAGCUGUGUCAGUACAGUGGUGGCUUUGCAAAGUACCAAACCCACAAUCAUGCCAGAAUAAUAUUUUGUUGGUUCAGCCUUUUGAUCUGAUUUGUACUGCUGUACAAAUGGAAUAAGAUAACAUCAUUUUCAUGGCCUGACUACUUCUACGAUUGUUGUUAUAUUGUUACAAAUGUCAUAUGUCCAUCUCCCACCCCUGCUUUCUGCCCAACACCACAGUUUUCUUUUUUUGACUUUGGUUUGUGGACCUGAGGUGAAAGUUGAGAUAAUUGUAGUAGUGUAUGUUGCUACUGCCAAUAUUAAAAUAACUACAGUCACCUGAUCUUUGUGUAAAGACCAAUUAUAGUUUUGAGGGAUUUAUGCAGAGCUUCAAAAGGGGAUAUUGCCUGCAUAAAUAAUUUUGUCCUGACAGUUCACAUAGCACAUCCUGCUGCUUAGAAUGGUCUAGAAUCUCUGCACUAGAGUUGGUACUGAUCAUUCCUACAGUACAUUGCAGAUUACAGUUUGGUCUCCCUUUCAGUUUCAGUGGAGCUAGAACGCUUGAAAUUUUCCUUCACUGCAAAAGCGUAAUGUCAUAAUGUGUGCAAAUGAGAUAAUAAACAUCUUGGAUUUCAUUGAAACGAAUAGGGAAUGGACUGAAGGGAAAUGGAGGCCCUGAACCUGCUGUGUGGUUUGACAUGGUGAUUUUCAGCAUCCUGCAGUUGCAUUGCAGAUGUUCUGAAUUCUUGCAGGAAACUGUUGUCAUAAGCUUAUUUAAUUUGAUUUAGUUCUGUUUACAAGUGCUGCAGAACAUUCAAACUCGUGCCAGCAAUGAAGUGAAUUGAACGCAAAGCCGUUGAUCUCUGCUAAAUAAUAUUUCAUUCAAAAUGCUAUCAAUAAUGACCAUGAAUAACCACUUAGCCUCAUUAAUCGAUGAUGGCAGCUAAGUGAAUUGAGUUUUUGCUUUAAUAAAAGGCAACUGAAAAAUGGUCAACUGACCAAUCAAGUAAACGGGUGAAAGUGAUAUUACAUUUGGGUAGUGGCAAACCAGCAUGUCUAAUUGAUUAUUCUCUCUGGCAGAGCCUUGUACAAAAAUAUUGCAUAUCCUAAUACACAAGAACUCCCUAUUAUUACCACUGUGUACUGUUUCACACUCCCCUAUCAUUACAUCUAAAAAUUGCCACUGUAUAUUUUAUUUGUAUGCAUUCAGUGUGAUCAGAACUCAUACCAGCACACUCUGCAGGUGAUUGAGUGUAUGUUGUUCGCUUGCUUCAGUAUUCACUUAAACACCAAUCCCCUUCCAUAUUCCUGAUCUGAUAACUUGAUACCUUCAUAUUUAAAGCUUCUUUCUUUCACGGAUCUGUUUUAAACUUGGGUUAUCAAUAAAUCUGUAACUGGCUUCAGAUGUUUUGUCCUUUUCAUGGAAUUCUGACUCUUCUAAGAAUUAUUCUGUAAUUUUAAAUGAAUAAGAUCUAAGGAUUUAUGUUAAAUUAUUUUUCUUAUCAGCAUGCCUCAAUAAUUUAAAUUUCCUAGUGGUCAAUGAUACAUCACUAAUCAGAGAAUGAUAUACAAAUUUUGUGAACGUUAGGCCGGUAUUUUGAAUUCCAGAACUUGAGGUGUAUGUCUGAAGCUUGCACUUAAGCAGAAUCACCCAAGUUGGAUCAAAUUAUCUGGCAGAUUACAUUUUACAUAUUCUACAGUUAUAAAUACUUGAAGCACAAAGGACCAUAGCAGAUUUAUUUGCUAAAUAGCCCUUGAUUUUUUUUUGUUUGUUAAAGGCCAUAGAUCAUAAGCUUUUGCUAUUCAAGCUUAGAUGUGAGAGAUUGCUUGCGUAUUCAACAAACAUUUCAUUUUGAUAACAUGACAAGUUCUAAAGCAGGUGGGGAAAAUUUCCAUGUCAUUAUGAUCGGAAGCUAGCAGUUAACAAACAAGCUUAAGUGUGGUUACAGUCCUAUACAUUGAACAGAAGUCUUCAUCAACCUUUAGUCUUGAAUCUUUGAGUGAUCUAUAACUUGCAGGUUUGCCUUGCAACGUAUUGUUUGUUUAGAUGUGAUCCGUGAGAGAUUUUCCUGUAGAGUGGAAAAUGUUGGACGAUGUGACCAACCUGAGCUGCAGGGACAUUCCUACUGUCCAGUUACUGAUUACUGUUUGCAGAGGCUUUAGUGGUUUAUAAAUAAACUUGCCUUCCCUGUUAUACAAUGGUGGACAAAAAGUGAGAUUCUGGAGAUGGGAAGAAUUUUUACGAAGUGCUUAUGCGUUGGCUUCUUGUGUGAAAUUGAAGCCUGCCUGGCUACUGUCAGCUUCUUUGAAAUGCCCUUUUUUUAAAAAAUCCCUUCAAGUGGAUUGUUAUUGCAAAGGUGCUGUUACGGCUGUUAACACUUUUUUCCCCUAAGAUUAAUUAUUGUGCAAUGAGGGUGUAUAUACACAGCCUACUGAAUCCUUGUAUUGUCUACAAAAAGAUAUGCACAUUCUGAUAUCAGAAUGUGUGCUGGAAUAAACCAAUAAUUUUUCAUCUC